CUGACUCGAACCAAAUAAUAGUGCGAGCCGAAAUGGGCUCACUCAAAAGUAAGACCCACAUCAGUACAGCCCAUUUUAAUUUAUCAAAACGACUCUGCUCAAUUCCGUAUCUCAUUUAGCAAAUCAAUAGUGAACUAAUCGUGAUUUCAGUUUAUUUAUGUACAGUAUAUAUGAUCUAUGUAAAUUAUGCUUACACAAAUGUUUUGAUAGCUGAACCUUGCACAUACACCUAGAAAUUUUAUACUCUUAGGUUUAAUUAUUUCCUGGCCAUGAUUCAUAUCUCGACGUAUAAUCAAAAUAUAGAGGAACUCUUACUUCUUUAAUCUAAAUGCAUACAUUAGGUACUCCCUUCAUCUCCAUCUAGGGUUUUGAUGUUUACUAUUUACAGUUUUGAUUUUUGUGUCAUACGCAAGAUUUUAAAGUUGCUUUUAUUGAUGAUAAACAUCUCACAUCGGAAAUAUAAGAAUUAAUCUACUACUAUAUAAAGGGUUAGGGCCAAUCCACUCAUUGCCAAUUGGUUUUAAGUUAGAAGCCCAUAACAAACCCGAAUCUAACAUGGUAUCAGAGCCAUAAGAUCCUUUGACCUAAUUUACUACAGCUACUACUACUAUACCGAUGUUGGCCACUCUGUGGAUGUUGUUUUCACAUUGUCCACGCUUCAGACCUAGAUGUCUGAGCGUGAUGGAGGGUAUUGAUGAGAAAAAUCCCACAUCGAAAAUAUAAGAAUUAAUCUACUACUAUAUAAAGGGUUAGGGUCAAUCCACUCAUUGCCAAUUGGUUUUAAAUUAGAAGCUCAUAACAAACCCGAAUCUAACAGCUUUCGAGUUCUUAUCUUAGUGAGGAAUCACUUGCGUAAGUUAAAUGUACCUUUCGAGUUCUUAUCUUAGUGAGGAAUCACUUGCGUAAGUUAAAUGUACUGGGAAAUUUUCAUGAUUAAGCCAUUCAAUAGAGAGAACGUGGAUAUCCCCCUGUCAAAUCUAGAAAAUAAUGUUUUACUGCUUUUGAUACAAUGUUAAAACUUAUAAUAUCUAGGAAAUAUAUACAUAAGUGGGAUUCUCUUAGAAUGAUAAAGGUGAAAACUAGAGUGGUACACAACCACCAUACACUUGUCUAGAUGCUUUUUCAUUCAAGUUGGUAGGAAACAUCAACUAUUUAUAUUUGAAUUGUGCAAAAGCUAAAAUAAUAAGAAAAAUGGAAUCUAUUGGCACAGAACCAAACACCUGUUUUACCUUUUUUUAUUUAUUCUUAUAAGGGUCGAGAUUCAUGGAAAUUAUUGGCCCUUUGAUGGGUUCCAUUGUUGAUACCUUUGUCCUUUUGUGCUCUCACAAUAUAGGUUUUAACUUUAUAGCUUACCUCAUGUACCAUUCACCGAGUCUCCGUUCAUUUAUUCAAUACUUUAACCUAUUUAAAAUUAUUAAUCACAAAGUUGAUGUAACAAAAAGUUCUUACAAUUGUAGGGAUGUCUGAUUUUUAAUGAUAUAACUUUAUGAGUUUUAUGAUAUAACAUUAUGAUUGUACUUAAUAAUAUACAUAAGACUAACUUGAUAUUUCUGGUAUAUAAGAAGUUUUCCUUAAAUUUUUGACCCACAACUAAAAAGUUAUAAUUAUAUUUAGUAAUACAAUAGAGUAAUAAAAUCCUUCAAAACAGAAAACAGUCUAUAGUGCACUCAAACUUUUAAAGUGGUGCAUAUUGUAUAGUUGUUUUCUUAAAGAUCAUAUACACUAUAGUGCACUCAAACUCGAGUAUCUAUCUAAUGAUAUUAUUUUCUCCAACAAUUCGCUAAAAACAAAAAACAAGGUGUGAGAGGAGAGAAAACUGAUAUUUGGGGAAAUAGACACUGCAGCUAAUAAGAAUGAGGCUGAUGCGCCGAAAAGUUUUUGGACAUUGGUGACGCAUUAAUCCAUUGACAUUUCCACACUAACUUUUGUCCUGUUCCUAAUGCUUAUGAUAUCAUGUUCUUACAUUUUGGUUGAUAUUUUUGCUUUUAUAAAGUUGUACAUAAAUUUGAGAAGUUGCCAUAAUCAAUCCAACUCAAUACAGCUCGGUUUGUAUAAUUACAUUGUUGAAUCUAGUUACGAUUUGGUUAGCAGUUUUUUUGUUUAAUCUUAGAGAUAUCCUAAAGGCUCAGAUUAAUCUCUAAAGAAUGGUGCGAUUCACAGAUUAAUUUUUACCGAGGUUUAAAGCAUAGCUUCGUAUACGUGUGGCCACACAAGUUUAGUAUUGUGGGAGUUGCUUUGAACUUAGAUCUUUUCGUAGUCCGCCUACCACUAGAGUACCCAUGUGAUUGUGAUUUGGUUAGUGGUUAAUUUGACAAAUGUAAAGAAAACCGACAUGUUUACAUGUUUGAUUUGAAUAGUACGGUACACUAUAGACCAGCUCUAUACCAAACCAGACCGAACUUGAAUUACAUCUUUUAUUUAAAAAUAAAAUUCACUAAAGUUUUGGUUAUUUGUAACAUUUAAUAUUAUUGGGUGUUGAUUGAAUAAUUUACGGAUGUGAUUGAAUGAUUAGUGGGACAAAAACGGGUAUGAAAAUUAAUUUUAUUAUGAAGUUUGAUUGUCUUAGUUAACUCUUUUAUAUGGUUUGUGUCCUCUGUUCGUUACUUACACGGUUACACCAAUAUGAAUUUCUAUACAUACAAAAAUAGUUAUGAUUAGAAAAAUUAAUCAAAGAAAUGUUAUAAAAAUAAAACAAUAUUAUCUCUGUUGUUAGAUUCUUUCACUUUUUUUCUUUUAAAUAUCCUCUUGUGUCCUCUUGUGUUUUCUUUUCUUCAUUCUCCCCUUUGAUUCUUCUUCCCAUCACUUCACACUUCUUCUUCUUCUUCUUCUUCAUCUUCUUCUUAGAGAGAGAGAUAGAUAAUGGUUUUGGGAAAGCGUCAUGGCUCUUUGAUUAAGAGAACAACAAGCAUGCUAAUGAUCACAGACGAUAUAGCCACGAUCUAUGACCAUGCAUCUCAGCCGUCUGAUCAUCUAACCAUGCAUCAACAUCAUCAUAAUCCGACGGUGAUGAUGGCUACUAAUAACGAUGAUGACUUCUUGAGGACUUGUAGCCUCUGCAAUCGAAAUCUAUGCCAUCGUCGUGACAUUUAUAUGUAUAGAGGGGACAAUGCAUUUUGUAGCUUAGAGUGCAGAGAGAAGCAAAUUAAGCUGGACGAGAGGAAAGUGAAGAAUGGCGUUAGAGCAUUCAAGAAAACCGUUCGUAUUUGAUCGAUUAUGUAUCAUCUAAAUAAUAAUAAUAAUAAUUUUUCGUUGCGGGUGAAAUCAAUAUGUUUGGGUUUUGUAUAUAAGAAUAAUAGAGCUAAAAUAUAACAGAAAAUAUAAAAUGAGACGAAAUGAUUGUGUGAUCGAUCAUAAGCAUGAUAACUUAUGAGAUGUAGAGUAAAUUGAAGUUGAUUUUCGUGUGAAUUGUCUUUGUAUUGCGUAUAUGUAAUAUCAUUGUUAAUGUAUAUUCAGAUGGUCUA